AUGUCUUGGGCUGGUCCUGAAGAUAUCUAUCUUUCAACUUCACUCGCCAGUUAUCUCGAUAGAAAACUACUUGUGCUCCUUAGAGAUGGUAGAAAGCUAAUGGGAACGCUUCGUUCUUUUGAUCAAUUUGCCAAUGCGGUUCUAGAAGGUGCGUGCGAGAGGGUAAUUGUUGGUGAACAAUACUGCGACAUUCCUUUAGGCCUCUAUGUAAUCCGUGGAGAGAAUGUUGUUCUGAUUGGUGAGCUGGACACGGAGAGAGACGAGCUUCCUCCACAUAUGAUUCGCGUCUCAGAGACAGAGAUUAAAAGGGCGCAAAAGGUGGAAAGGGAAGCGAGUGAGCUGAGAGGAACAAUGAGGAAGAGAAUGGAGUUUCUUGACUUUGAUUAA